CAUGCUCGGAUCGCUGUUACUGGGACUUGCGACGCUACUGGGGCUGAUCUAUGGCUUCCUGGUAUCCAACUUUGGCCACUGGCGGCGGCGAGGAGUGCUGGAACCCAAGGUCUUUCCACUUCUCGGAUCCUUUCCCAAUGUAAUAUGGCCGCGUCAGCACUUUACCAUCGAUAUGCAGGAUAUUUAUAUGCGAUAUCGUGAGACAAACAGCUAUGUGGGAUGCUUCCUGCUGAGAGCUCCCAAGCUACUGAUCCUGGAACCGCGUCUCGUUACCGAGAUCUUCGUGAGUGCCUUUCGGCAUUUCGAGGAUAAUGAUGCCUCGCGCAUGGUGGACCCAGCCAAGGACCGGCUCAUCGCCCGCAAUCCUUUUGUCCUCCAGGGCGACGAUUGGCGUCGGGAACGAGCCAUAUUCUCCACCUUGAUGACCAACGGUCGGAUCCGAACUCUGCACUCCAUCAUGGAGCGUGUCUGCCGGGAUCUUUGCGACUUUCUCACCAAGGAUACGACAGGCGGAGGACCUUAUGAUGGAACUGAUCUUGGUCUCCGUUUCACGGGAGAAGUCCUAUUCGACUGUGUCCUGGGCAUACAGGCUCGAAGCUUCAGCAAGGACCCCCUCCCAGUGGUACAACAGAACCAGCAGAUGUCCAGCGAAAAUAUAGGCCUGACCAUCGCCGGAGCAGUUUCUGGUCUUUUCCCCAACCUGCCCAGACGCUUCCGUCCGAAGGUCUUUCCACGCUCAUACGACCGCUUCAUGGGCGGGGUCAUAAGCGAAGCCCUUCGCCUCCGUCGCUCCAAUCACCAGGAGAGGAACGACUUCAUCAACCACCUCCUGGAGCUACAGAGGGAGCACAACCUCACCGAGGAGGAUCUGAUCUCUCAUGCCAUGACCUUUAUGUUUGAUGGUCUGGACACCACCUCUACUAGUAUUGCUCAGUGCUUGCUUUUGCUUGGACGCUAUCCGGGUUGUCAGCGUCGGCUAUUGGAGGAACUGGAUCGGGCUGGUGGGGACUCGGAGCUGCUCGACUUGGACGCUCUAAUCGAAUUGCCCUACCUGAGUGCCUGUUUUAAUGAGAGCCUCCGGAUGUAUCCGGCCUCUGGGUGGGCAUCCAAGACCUGUACCCGGGACUACGAGUUGCUGGGCAGCCACAAGGCGGAGUCGGUGAAGCUCCGUCCCGGCGACAAUGUGAUGAUUCCGGUGUACGGCCUACACCAUGAUCCUGAUUUCUAUCCGGAGCCAGGCGAGUUCCGACCGGAGCGGUUCCUCGAUGGCGGACUCAAGCGAUUCAAGCAGCAGGGCGUAUUUUUGGGCUUCGGCAACGGGCCGAGGCAGUGCGUCGGGAUGCGUCUGGGCCUGGCCAUGGCCAAGGCCGCACUGGCGGUCAUCGUCCAGCGGUUCCAGGUGAAGACCAAUGCCCGUACACUGGCGGGCAACCAACUGGAUCCCAAUAUCUUUGUCGGCGUCCACAAAGGCGGCAUCUGGCUGGACUUUGAACCGCGUUCGGCCAAGAUUUCCUAAAAUUUGGCGAUCUUCGUAGACCCCUUCCAUAAAUAGGCCCCCUACCUCAUGGCCUUUUUAAGAUCCUCAUAUAGGACCUUAGCUAGAACACUCCGAUCAUAUUCCAUAUGCACUACUUUUUUUUUUGUUUUGUGAUUUAACGAUAACAUGUUGGUAACGAUGGAUCUAUAAUAAAAAUUUAAGAGUUAA